CGGUCACUGACGAGGAGAAAAUCCAGGCUUCAGUUGAACAGAUGAAGUAUUGAAUGGGAUUCCAUUGAGGCAGCUUUACAACAAAAUUGUUGGUGGAGAGAUCAACAUCUUAUGAUGAACAGUGGAAUGGGACUGAACUUACUCCUAAUGUUACUCACAGUCUACGAUAUCCGGCCAAUCUUACCUGUUGGUAUCUAUACCCCAGACUAUCGGGUUGUGCAUCAGGGAGUGGAUCUACUGUUAGACUGCACGCUUGACUACCAAGAACACAUUCAAAUGCAUAACAUCAAACUAGAAUGGUUGUACAUCCCUACUGAUGCACAUGAAGAGAAUCAGAUAUUCUUUUUCUAUCAAAAUGUCAGUACGGUGGCACAGGACAGUAAGUUCACCCAAAGGUUGAAGUGGGUGGGUGACAUCAUGAAAAAAAACGCCUCCAUUCUCAUAAGUGAUGUGAACUGUAGUGACAACGGUGAAUUCAUCUGUGAUUUGAGGAUCCCCAGAUUUUCCAACAGUGUCUAUAGAAGCAAGACACGUUUAAUAGUUUGGUGUGAAGAAAGUAUGCGCCCACGAGUCUUGAACAUUCCCAGUUCCAAGGAAGGGAUAACAAAGAAUGUUAUCAUAUAUAUAUCAGCUGGGUUUUUCACCAUCUUCAUUGCACUCUCUGUACUCCUAUUAAUCAUAUGGAAACAUUCAUCAUGUACAGCACCAAGAAAUGAAAGUAUCAGUGAUUCACCAGGACAGAAUGAUGCAAGUGCCCUUGAGAAUGUUAAGGAAACAGAUGGUUACUUAACUGUGAACCGGCAGCCGGCACAUCAGAACGACAGAAAAAGGACAUCUGUGGAGGAAAAGCAAAAUAAGGAAACAAAAAAAGAUGAAGAUGAAACCUAUGUAACAAUGCAUGCAUUCUCAGGAACCAGGAAAACAAGUGACUAGUCUCCUAACCCAGUCAAACAACAAUGAUACAGCAAGA